UCUACAACCUACACAGGGCCUCUCUGUCUGCAUGCGAAUAGUGACUCAGGCACACUACAUAGUGCCCUAGGUGUUGGUUUGGGAGCGGUGUUGAAGGGGAGUCUGUUGUGAAGUUAAAGAGAGAGAGAGAGAGAGAGAGAGAGAGAGUUGGAAAGUCAAAGAGUUGGAGGAGAGGAAAAGUGCACUAGUUGUAGACAGUGUGUUCUGAAGUCUCUUCAUUUAUUUAUUUUUUUGGCUCUUAAAUGCUGCUGCUGUUGUGAUUUGGUAUCAGUCCAUCCAGGAAUGGAGGGAUGAACAGAGGACGGGGACAGAGGGGUCUCACUGGGGGAUUUUAGACAACUAUUUCAUUCUUCUUUUUAUUUUUUAUUUUUUUACCCCCCCAGAGAUGGACAAACAAAAAGUUCUGGCUCGGCUGGUUUCGGACCUGCAGGCGUUCCUCCUGGUUCUGGACGGUGAGAACCUCAGCUACAUCGCUCAGGCCAAGAAGAAGUCCAUCUCAGAGCUUCUGUCCAAACUGCAGGAGCACAAAGACACAGCGGUGGAAGAUGCAGAGUACAUGAUCAUGAACUGUCCCUCUGGAGUCCCAGCUAACGACCUCAGACGAAACUCGGCUAGCGAUCCGGGUUCAUCGGAAAAUCCGCACUCCGAGUGGCUUCACUGCACGUCUGUAGGUCCUGUGGUUCCCCCGCGGCCUCCGUACAGGUUGGAGGAAGAGGAGGACUGUUAUGAGGAGGCGGAGCCUUUUAUUCCAUCCACUCAGUCUACAGAUAAACUGGACUCGGAGAGCAGUCAUUACGAGUCGUACGGUGAGGAAGAGGAGGAUGUCCCCGUGGACCGAGCUCACUAUAUCCAGUGUGGCUUGUCUCAGUCCUGCCUGCGUCCUGUCCCUGAAUCGCGGCUCUGCGAGUACCUGUGGAGGAAGAAGUGGCUCGGCCAGUGGACACGCCAGCUCUUCAUUAUUAAACACGACUCCUUACUGUGUUUUAAGUGCGCUAAAGACCUCCAACCUCUGCUGGAGAUGAAGCUGACGGGCUGUCAGGUGGUGUACAAGUCCAAACACAGCAAGAAGAUGCAGCACGAGCUGAAGGUGGUGAGCGGAUCCGACACGCUCAUCCUGGGCUUCCAGAGCUGCAGCCAGGCCGAGGAAUGGAGGAAGAUCAUCGAGGAGCUCAGCGGCUCUUCGUACUGCGAGCCGGAAUCCACGGGUUCCUCCUCUUUCCUGAAGAGUGAAAGACUGGAUUCUUGCAGGUCGAGCUCAGUCCUCCACACUGACUCGGAUGAGGAGAUCAUCUCCGCUCCUUCUUCUGCUCUCAGCAGCACCGAGAUCAGUAAUUAUAAGGACAGAGCGGGGUAUCUGAACGUGUUGAUGAAUUGUCAGUGGCAGACUCUGUGGUGUCGAGUGGAGGCCGGAGUUCUGAACCUGUUCAGUGAUGAAAGCAGCGAAGUGACGCCGCAGUACACCGUGCAGCUCCGGGGGAGCGAGAUUCGGCCUGAUACCACUCAUACACACACACACCGCAUCACUAUCCUUCAGCACGGAGACCCGCUGGCUGUCCUGGAGGCCAGCUGUUCUGAUCAUAAAGAGCAGUGGAUCCAGCUCCUGCAGGAUGGGAGCUCCACUGAUGUUGUAUCUCCAAAUCAACACAACAGUCACGAGUCGCUGAGCGGUCUGAAGAGCCGGACGCUCCCCAACGCCAACACGUACAUGGACGACCCCUUUCAGCAGCUCUGUAGUUCGGUCCGCGGAUCUCCCAUCUACUCCAACACCGCCUCACUGGAGCGCAUGUUUCAGAAAUCCCACACCGCUGGAAACGGAGAAUCGCUGCCAUCGUCAGAUUCUCCCGACUACAGCAACUGUGACGUCUUCAGAAGCAGCAGUAAGAAAGUGAGCGAGUUGGAGCGCGGUGUGCAAAAGCUGCAGCUGGCAGGAAAUCGGAUCCCGGUGAGAGCGGGGUCAGAGGUCAACCUCGUCAACGUGGGGGCAAAACCGGCCAAACGCUCGUCCUUCAGACAGUCCCUGCUCCCGUUCUGCUCAGAGAGAACACAGGGAGGGUUUCUGACUCCUCUCCUGCGUAGAACAGCUUCUGCUAAGCUCUCUCUGAGGCGAUCUCCCUCCACUCUGCUCAUCGAACACGGGCGUGUCUUUCACAGGAGGAAGGAGUGGGAGACGAAGGCAUCGGCUUGACCUGGACUCCUUCUCCUCAUCCUGUACACAUUCCUGUCCUGUUAUUAUUAUUAUUAUUAUUAUUAUUAUUAUUAUUAUGAUGAUGAAUUGCACUGAGAAUAAUAAUAUUAUUACCGCGCAUGUGGAUCGUGCAUUUUUUACGUUCAUUUUUGAAACAUUUCUGGGGAAUAUAGUUUCAUAACGAUCAGAUCACGCUUUCUUUUCCGUGUCACACAGUCCGGAUUUAUUAUUCUUCAUCCCCAAUCUCGCGCGCUUGAACUUUUCUUCCGUAAAAAACCAACUGAGAGAAAAGCACACACCCCUGCAGUGUGAGUCGUGUGUAUGGAGGCGAUUAGGGGUCCAAGCACCGGUGUGAGCAGUGAGAAUAAUUACCUCUACAUGAACUCUCUCGCUCCAGCUCGGUGAGAACUCGGUACCGGUGCACAUAUUUUAUAUAAUAUACGUGUCUUUUUUUAAUGAAGUGCCUUAAUUAUUAAUUGUUUUUUACCCUUUUUUAAUGAUGCAUGGAGUCGUGAUCGAAGUCCGUGUCAGUGUAGGAUUUUCUCUGAAUCGUCUGUGAUAUUUGAUAUAACGUAAGUUGUGUUUUUUAGGGUUUUUUUGUAAGAUUUUGUGUAAAACUGAUAACUGUGGUAUGAUGGUGAAUCUAUUCCUAAUAUUUGUAUAAUAAAUAAAGCAGCGUUGGAUAAAGAACGCUUUCUGUUCUGGUGAUUUACUCUCUGUAAUCUCUUUUAGACAUGUUUAGUUUUAAUUAGCGCGAGAGAGAACAAACGAUUUUCCUAAAUAUUAUCGAGCUAAGUUCUAAAACGAAACUAAAACUAGCUAGCUAACACAGGGAAAGUUCACAAAUGUAUUUUCACCUAACCCUAGUGUUAGCUAUCUCACCAAGCAGCAUGCUAGCCGUCACGUUAACUUCACUAGCACGAGCCAGGUUAGUGUAAAGGUCGGUGUUGAGGUUAAUAUCAGUCCGCUAGCUAGCUAGCGUCGGCUAAGUAACGUGGAUCACUAAGCCCUAGCGUUCACUGAAACACCAGUUCAUUGCUGGUGUAUUCAGGGUGGGAUUUAUUGAUCGUUGUACUGAAAUCUUUUAGUGUUUAUCUUCACCGGGAUUCCCUGGUUUACUUUGUCAA